GCAGCCUCCGCUACAAUAAGGAAGGUGUGGGUAGUUCCCAGUCCCAGGCUCAGCAUGCAGUUCACUAGUCCAGCUGUCCUGGUGACCUUUUGCACCGGGCUUUGGAUCUCGAACCAUGCGCUGGCACAGAGCCUGGAGGCCGGUGUGCGGCCGAGGGCUGACUGUGAAGUAUGUAGAGAAUUCUUAAACCGAUUCUACAACUCCUUGCUGACCAGAGGAGCAGACUUUUCUGUGGAUUCCAUAGAGAAAGAGCUGCUCAGCUUCUGCUUGGAUGCCAAAGGAAAAGAAAACCGCCUGUGCUAUUAUCUAGGAGCCACCACAGACUCGGCCACCAAAAUCCUAGGUGAAGUCACUCGGCCCAUGAGUGUACACAUGCCCACAGUGAAGAUUUGUGAGAAGCUGAAGAAGAUGGACAGCCAGAUCUGUGAGCUGAAAUACGAGAAAAGAUUGGACUUGGCGUCAGUGGACCUGUGGAAGAUGAGAGUCGCAGAGUUGAAGGAGAUCCUUCAGAGCUGGGGCGAAGAGUGCAGGGCGUGUGCGGAGAAGAACGACUACGUGAACCUCAUUAAAGAACUGGCCCCCAAAUAUGUAGAGAUGCACCCCCAAACAGAGCUCUGACCUUGUCGGCUGUCAGAGAGC